CGUGUUGAGACCUUCUUUUAGCGCCUCGACGAAAGACCAUGGAUGGUCCGAAUGGCUCGAGUGGCCGUUGCUCCAGUGGUUGGCCUUCAUUUUGGUUGUCAGUGGUGUUUGUCGCUGCUUCAGGUGUUUUGAAUGGUCUCAUUUUGCCCGCCUUGCCCACAGCAUUUUUCAAUGGCGGGACAGAUCCAUGCAUUGGAGAGGCACACGACUCACCUGCCUGUAAAGCAGCUCUCAGCAGAGGCAGCCGUAUCGGCUCCAAUUUUACAUUGCUCGGAUCGAUCUGCGUGUUUAUCGCGAGUCCUUUCAUAGCUCUUUGUUGUGAUCGACUUGGUCGGAAACCUAUGAUGGUUCUCGGCCAAAUUGCAAAUCUGGUGGCUGUGCUGUCUCUUCUGGCUGUAGAUGUUUUGGGCAUCUCCCUUUACAUCUACUUUUGCCUUUCCAUUGUGGUGGCUUCAUUUUGUGGUCAGGUCGUCUUCUUCUUGUGGAUUGCAGACAGAACUACUCCAGAGCAGCGGGUUGCCUUUUUUGCAACCCUUGCUGCUGCUAUGGAUGUGGAGCAGAUUGUCACACCUUUGGCAAGUUUGGUGGCAAGCAAAAGGAAUUGCUUGAUCCUGUCAGCUCUUUUGUCGCUCUUGGCGGUCGUAGUGACAACUUUUGGAAUGCCCGAGUCGAUUUCAGACUCUUGUCUGAAGGAGACUCAGCGCAGAUCCUUUUCUGCAGCUGCGCGACCCUCAAGGCUUCUCCAACUGGGUAUUCUUGUGAACAAGAAGUUCAGAGGCUUAACAGUUCUCAUGUUGAUCAGCAACUCUGUUCAUGCCGGAUGUGGUAGUGUCUUCAUGUUCUACCUCAAGGCGCAUUUUGGCGCAGACGUCAAAGAUGUCGCUCCGAUCAUUUUCCUGAAUGGCAUCAGCAAUCUCUGUGUUCAAGUAUUUGUGGUCAAGCAUUUGGCACGUUGCUUCUCCGUGCGGGGUAUCAUUCUGCUGGGGUACUUUUUUGGCGCUCUAAACUGUCUCAUCAUUAGCUUUGUGCCAAACUUUCAUGAUCUCUAUGUCCUGGCAUUGACCUCGGGACUUGGUGUGAUCUUCUCACCCGCCAUCCAAGCGAUCUACAUGAACUCGGUGGGGCCUUCAGAGAUGGGGCAAGUCCAAGGUGCUGUGAACUCACUCAUGACUUUGACUGGAGGACUUGGUCCUGUGAUCUUUAGCAGAUUGCUCGUGCUCUUCCAGGAUCGAGGUAUCUAUUGGACCCCGUAUAUGCUGACGGUCGUCUCCAAUAUCUUUUGCAGUUUGGCAGUGGCCUUCAUGAAACUUCCAGAAAAAGCUGAGGAUGACUCACUCAACGUGCAGCUUGAAUGCUCUGCUUGAGACAGCCAGAAGUGCUGAAAUUGCAAAAGACAUGAAAAGGCC